CUCAAGCUGCCACUCUAUUCUAGUCGCAGGACAUCGGGCGGUCGUCAUCGACUCGUCGACGAGAUCCACGAGUGUCAAGACCAUCACCGUAUCAUCCCAUACCUCUGCCAUUAUCAUCGAUGUUCUCGUUGCGUCUAUUCAAGGCCGAUCAUCCCAACGGCACCCUCGCUGAAGAUCUGGUCAGAGAACUGGCCAGGAAACCUCACCCCCGCUACUUAGAAUGUACACCUGAACUCUUUGCCCAACCGACGCCGUACCAACCUCACCUUGAUGGGCGGGUCAAGUUCGCAACCAUCCUCGACGGGGAAUGGGGAGUAGGUGGCGCAGAGGCUCGUGCUGCAAACACAAAACAGAAAGCGGUCGAUGAAGGCCAUCACAAUGUUGCCUAUACAACAUGGCCUCCGGUACUGUCGUUCCAGACCGACCAACGCCCAGUAGAUGUGCCACAUCCACACAAUUUAGCCGUGGGUCGAGUGAAACCUUCGUGCGUGACAGGGUUGGCAACUGCUCAACCACCGAUUGGACACGAGCGCGCUCAGCUGAUACAGCAGCGGCUUAACUAUCGCAAGCACUUUUUCCGUGAAUUCGAAAGACUAGUCACGGCGCGCAUGCUUGCGCAGGAAGAGGGAGAUGAGGGUUUGCUCCUCCGUGAGAUCAUGGAUCUGACGCUUGCUGUCGCCAUGGAGGAUGUCAGUCUGGAGAGGACGACCGAGCCAGAGAGGGCCUUAACACCAUGGGAGCAAUGGGAACCACAGGCAACCUCUACCCCGCAUCCAAGUCCUGCGUCUUCGACUACGUUGCUAAGUCCUAUGGAGGCUUGCGGUGCACUUGCGACGUCGACGGUUCAUCACGAGUACCUGCGCAGCUCGGGGAAGAGUGAGACAGCAUGAUCGAAGGUACGUACAUCAGCCGCCCACAUACGAAUCUGGAAGUUAAUGACGACUUGCGUAUUGUCAGAUGUAGAGAUGAAAACGGGUGCACACGUACGAUAAUGCAAACUGGGGUGGGGUUAUAUCUCAUUGUAAAUCUCGUUGUUUCUUGUAUGAAUCGAAC